ACAUCAUUGAAAGCACUGUCUAUUGAUUACAAUAGCAGUGAACACACAUAUAGACUGAUAUAACACAUAUUAAUAUAGUAUUAAGUGUUUUGUUGUCCGCACUAUUAAAACACAUAUAUUUUGUCGACAUUUUAAAAAAACACAAUUUGUUUGAUCCAUCCACUGUUGUCUUAACGAAUAUAACACUUUUGACAUUAUUAUUGUCGCGUUGUUCGCCAUUUGUCUUCAAAAGCUUAACACUUUUGAAGCAAUUGUUUUGUGUGAAUGAAUGUCAGUCAUGACUAUGGCAUCGACUCUUAUGGCUGAAGUGAACGGCAGUAAAAGGACGCGAACCAUACAAGAAGUGACGACUGCCUUUCAAAGUUUGGCUGAAUUGGCGCAUCGCGAGUAUCAGGCGGGCGAUUACGAAGCGGCCGAAAGACAUUGUAUGCAAUUGUGGAGACAGGACUCCACCAACACUGGAGUUCUACUACUUCUCAGUUCAAUUCACUUCCAGUGCCGACGGCUUAAAGAGUCAGCCCACUUCAGUUCACUGGCCAUCAAACAGAACUCACUGUUAGCCGAAGCCUAUUCUAAUUUGGGAAACGUUUACAAAGAGAAGAGUCAAUUGGGAGAAGCGCUUGAAAACUACAGACACGCUAUCAGAUUGAAGCCCGACUUUAUCGACGGAUAUAUUAAUUUAGCGGCCGCUCUGGUGGCCGCCGGAGACAUGGAACAGGCAGUACAGGCGUAUGUCUCGGCAUUGCAAUACAAUCCCGACUUAUAUUGUGUAAGAAGUGAUUUGGGAAACCUAUUGAAAGCUCUGACCCGUCUCGACGAGGCUAAGGCUUGUUAUUUGAAAGCGAUAGAGACCUGUCCGACAUUUGCGGUGGCCUGGAGUAACCUGGGAUGCGUUUUCAAUGCACAGGGAGAAAUAUGGCUCGCCAUUCAUCACUUUGAAAAGGCUGUCGCUUUGGAUCCAAACUUUUUGGAUGCAUAUAUUAAUUUGGGAAAUGUGUUGAAAGAGGCGCGCAUUUUUGAUAGGGCAGUGGCCGCCUAUUUACGGGCACUCAGCUUAAGUCCCAACAAUGCUGUAGUUCACGGAAAUUUGGCAUGUGUCUAUUAUGAACAAGGUUUAAUUGAUUUGGCAAUCGAUACCUACAAGAGAGCAAUCGAACUUCAGGCUAACUUUCCCGAUGCAUAUUGCAAUUUGGCAAAUGCUCUCAAAGAGAAAAGUCAGGUCAAAGAGGCUGAAGACUGUUAUAAUACUGCUCUCCGUUUGUGUCCAACACACGCGGAUUCACUCAAUAAUUUAGCUAAUAUUAAACGCGAACAGGGAUUCAUUGAAGAGGCCACUCGUUUAUAUCUAAAAGCAUUGGAAGUGUUUCCCGAGUUUGCGGCCGCGCACUCUAAUCUGGCAUCUGUUUUGCAACAACAGGGAAAAUUGCAAGAAGCGUUGGCACAUUAUAAAGAGGCCAUCAGAAUAUCGUCUACUUUUGCCGACGCCUACUCUAAUAUGGGAAAUACACUGAAAGAAAUGGGUGACAUUCAGGGAGCCCUACAAUGUUACACACGAGCCAUACAAAUAAAUCCGGGUUUUGCCGACGCCCACUCUAACUUGGCAUCAAUUCAUAAGGACUCCGGCAAUAUUCCCGAAGCAAUUGCCUCAUAUCGAACGGCUCUCAAAUUGAAACCCGACUUUCCCGACGCGUAUUGCAAUUUGUCUCAUUGUUUGCAAAUAAUCUGCGAUUGGACUGAUUAUGACAUCCGAAUGAAAAAGUUAGUGGCCAUCGUUCAGGAACAGCUCGAUAAAAACCGUUUGCCAUCAGUACAUCCGCAUCAUUCGAUGCUGUAUCCACUGACACAUGAACAACGCAAAGCAAUUGCCGCCAGACAUGCGUUGUUAUGCAUUGAGAAGAUUCAAGUACUUCACAGACCUCCCAAUAUUUUCAAAAAGUCAUUGAGUGGUCGUUUGAGAAUUGGUUACUUAAGUUCUGACUUUGGAAAUCAUCCGACAUCUCAUUUGAUGCAAAGCGUUCCGGGAAUGCAUAAUAGAGAGAAAGUGGAGAUAUUUUGUUACGCACUGUCAGCCGAUGACGGAACCACUUUCAGAGCUAAAGUUAGCUCAGAAUCCGAACAUUUUGUCGAUUUAUCUGGUAUUCAAUGUAAUGGCAAAGCAGCCGAUCGUAUAUAUGCUGACGGAAUACAUAUAUUAGUCAAUAUGAAUGGAUAUACUAAAGGAGCCCGAAAUGAGAUAUUUGCUUUAAGACCCGCACCCAUUCAGGUCAUGUGGUUGGGCUAUCCGGGAACUAGUGGUGCUCCGUUUAUGGACUAUAUAAUAACCGAUAGGGUCACUUCACCAAUUGAAUUGGCCAAUCAGUAUUCGGAAAAAUUGGCUUAUAUGCCGGACACAUUCUUCAUCGGCGAUCACAAACAAAUGUUUCCGCAUCUUAUCGAACGUGUCAUUCUGUUGGACAGUAAGAAUCAAGAAUCAUUGGAUACGCCACCUGAUAAUGUGUCGAUUGUCAACGCGACUGAUUUGUCGCCAAUUAUUGAAAAAGCAGAAGUAAAGAAGAUUCGCGAAGUGGCAGUAGUGACAACAGUUGCCACAUCUUUUGCCACUUCACUACCAAUUAUAUCCACCGAAAAAGUUGAAGUGGUCAAAACUGUAGUGGAGUUGCCAACCACUCUGCCCGUGCAGGCAAUGAUCACCAAUGGUCACGUCCAGACAUCAGUCAAUGGUAUUGUUGUACAAAAUGGUUUGGCAACAACUCAAAUGAACAACAAAGCGGCCACUGGCGAGGAGGCACCCAAAGCAAUUGUGGUGACAACACGUCAACAAUAUGGUCUACCAGAAGAUGCCAUAGUAUUUUGCAAUUUCAAUCAACUCUACAAAAUAGAUCCACAAACUCUGAGGACGUGGUGUAACAUCUUAAAGCGAGUGCCCAACAGUGUGUUAUGGCUUCUCAGGUUUCCUUCAGUUGGUGAGGAAAACAUUACAGUAUCGGCUGUUAACAAUGGUUUGCCAAUUGGUCGCAUUGUAUUUUCAAAUGUGGCCGCAAAAGAGGAACACGUUCGAAGAGGUCAACUCGUAGAUGUCUGUCUGGACACUCCUCUUUGUAAUGGACAUACAACUGGAAUGGAUGUCUUGUGGGCCGGAACACCAAUGGUCACUCUGAUGACUGACACAUUAGCUUCGCGUGUGGCCUCUUCUCAGUUGACUUGUGUAGGCGUUCCUGAAUUGAUAGCCAAAUCAUAUGAUGAAUACGAGAGCAUUGCUGUUCGAUUGGGAACAGAUAGACAAUUUUUGAAAGCGAUUCGGGCAAAAGUUUGGCGCAACCGAACCGAAUCUCCACUAUUUAAUGUUAAAAUCUAUACAUCAAACUUAGAGAAACUCUAUUUAAAAAUGUGGACUAAGUUUUGUGAAAGCGAUAAAUUUGAUCACAUUCUCAAUUAAGUGGAUAAUUGAAUGAAUGUUACGCCGUGGCCGUCAUUAUUGGCUUUAUAUAUCAAAUCUUUUUAAUUAUAUAGAAAUCAAAGUUAUAUUUUAGAUGUUUUCAUUUAUGUAUUUUACUUUUAAAAUAAAACGCUUUUCAAUAAAUAUAAUUAUUACACGAGAGAUAAGUCAAUUUUAUGUCA